UGAGAGAGAAAGAAAGAGGUUUCAUGUCGAGGAAGAACUCUCUCUCUCUCUCUCUCUCUCUCUCUCUCAACCGUCUACUUUCUUUUCUGCUGCUGUUGAGCUCUUUACUUUUCUCUCUCUGUACUUGGUAAAGGGGAAAGGGACAUGAAUGUCCUUGGGCUCUCCCUGCCCAUGUGGGCAGCAAGGACCUCAUUGCUCCCAGCCAUUAUGAUUCUCGUCAAUGCCAGGGCAGAGCCUGCUGUUUUCUCCAUUUCCAGGCCUCUCCUUCAUUCCCAGGUGAUACCCAUUUCCCAAGUCUCUGCAGAAAUGGAAGCCCAAUCUCCAGGGGUGGGCGGAGCGAGAGUAGUGCACCAUCAGGAUCUCAAUAGCAAAAUCCUAAUAGCUCUCAUUGUUGCUUCAACCAUUCUCGCUGGAAUCUUGGUUGCUCUUCUCCUCUUUUGGAUCUACAGGCAUAAGAACAGAAAGAACACUGACAAGAAAAGAGCCAUGAGCACAGGUCUGUCAAGAGGGCUUCAGUUGAACCCGGUUACAAAUAAGUUCGAUUUCUCCGCUGUUACUGACAAAAAGGGCUCUCUUGCUGUUUUCGAGUAUCUAAUGCUGGAAGCUGCUACAAAUAACUUCCACGAGAGCAAUCUCUUGGGUGAAGCAGAUGGGGGACGACUUUACAGGGCUUGUUUCAAUGAAAAGUUACAUGCUGUCGUAAAGAGAUUAGAUGCUGCUGAUGCUCAGGACACUGAAAGACAAUUCGAGGUUGAAGUGAACUGGUUGGGUAAAAUCCACCAUCAGAAUGUAAUCUCUCUUUUGGGUUGCUGCAUUCAUGGGGAGACGAGAUUUCUCGUGUACGAAACAAUGCAGAACGGUUCUUUGGAAAGUCAAUUGCAUGGGCCCACAAAUGGUUUGGCUUUAACGUGGCAAGUCCGAAUGAAAAUCGCCGUUGAUGUAGCUCGAGGAUUGGAAUUUCUUCACGAACGUUGCAAUCCUCCAGUCGUGCACCGAAAUCUCAAAUCAUCGAGCAUUCUUCUUGAUGCAAACUUCAAUGCAAAGAUUUCCGACUUUGGGCUUGCUACAACCUCGGGUACUCAUAAUAAAAGCAACGUGGAGAUUGUUGGAGCAUUGGGUGGCCUAGCCCCGGAAUACUUAUUGGACGGGAAAUUGACGGAUAAAAGUGACGUGUAUUAUUUCGGAGUCAUCCUUCUUGAGCUUCUGAUGGGAAGAAACCCAGUGGAGAAAAUCACAACAGCUCAAAACCAAUCUCUAGUCACAUGGGCGACCCCUCAGCUAACUGAUCGGUCAAAGCUUCCCAAUAUUGUCGAUCCUGUAAUCAGAGACUCAAUGGAUCUGAAGCACUUAUAUCAGGUUGCUGCCGUUGCGGUUCUCUGUAUUCAACCAGAGCCGAGUUACAGGCCAUUGAUAACUGAUGUCCUUCACUCUCUCAUACCCCUCGUUCCAAUUGAGCUAGGAGGGUCUCUACGAGUAUCAGAACCUGCAAACCCAAGUCUGACUUGAACCCCGAAAUUCUCUCACUCCGGGCGAUGCUUAAUUCGUCAAUUCCGGGUCGGCAAUUUAUUUGAUUGCUUUUCUCAAAGGAGGACUUGGAUGCAGUGAUUUCUGCUUAUACUUGUAAAUGUUAGUGACUGAGUCAAGAUGUUUUGCUUCUUUGUGUAUCGUGAACAGGGUCUUCGUUCUAUGCAGUCUGUAAAUUAUCCGAUAGCCAACUGACUCAGAUCGCUAUAACUCUAUUGGUGAAAGCUAAUAUUAAAUUGCACACUUCCUGUUUGGAUCA